AUGGCUCAAACGGACGAUAGCAUGGACGAUGACGUAUUUGAGGCUGUUGAUGACGUCAAUAAACGGCUGGACGUGUCUUCUAAAAACACCCAUCCGUCACCGACAGGCUAUAGAAAUUACAAACCGCCCGAUGAAAUUCUGAAGUUGUGCCAGUACGAUGUAAUUGUUUCCGAUGAACCCGUUGUUCAUAAAACGAUAUUGUUAGGCGACAGCGGUGUGGGGAAAACGUCGUUAUUGGUGAAAUUCGACACGGGGAAAUUUCAUUCCGGCAGCUUUUCGGCUACUGUAGGCAUCGGUUUCACGACCAAAGUCGUGACUGUAGACAACACGAAAGUCAAAUUACAAAUAUGGGACACGGCGGGCCAGGAGAGAUUCCGCAGCGUUACUCACGCUUAUUAUCGGGACGCUCACGCGCUUUUGUUGCUCUACGACGUUACGAACAAGACCAGCUUCGACAAUAUAAGAGCGUGGCUCGGCGAAAUCCGAGAGUACGCACAAGACGACGUCGUUAUAAUGCUAUUAGGUAACAAAGCGGAUUGCGGUUUGGAUAGGGCGGUGAGACGAGAGGAUGGCGAGCGAUUGGCUAGGGAAUACAACGUAGCUUUUAUGGAAACAUCGGCUAAAAGUGGACAGAACGUGGAGCUGGCCUUCAUAGCGGUAGCCAGGGAAUUAAAAUGUCGUUCGACGGGACAGAAGGACGCCAAUACGUUCAACGUUAAAGACUACAUAAGGGAACAAACCGAAAAACCGCAGUGUCCGCCUUGCAACACAUGA